CCAUUUCUAGUUGAUACCCGCUUUGGAUGGAGAUGUGUGUCUCUUUCUUGUGGUCUUAGAGCAUUGGACGUUUGUUGGCGCUCUUGUCUCCUCAACAAAUGUUAUAGAGUCCAUGGUUUGACUUGUUGAGGAGUCUGGGGAGAGCCGAAAUUAUUAAUGGGUUAAACGUUCAUGAUCCAAAAGAUAUUGACACCACCUAUCCAUUCAAAAUCUUAAGGCGAUGGGUGUAUGAAUCAUUUUCUCUUAUAUAUCCAACAUUUCUUUUAUUUCUAUUCCACGCGAGACUUAAUUACUAACAUAGAAAAAAAUACAAACCUGUGAAAGUAAAAGUAAAAAGAAAUGGUUAUUUUACUAUAUUUCACAAACCUGUUGAAUUGGUCAUGCACACCGUGUGUUGACGUAAUACAGAGUUAAAGUAAGGAACAGUGAAGUGUGGAAAAUGGUUAAUUUGUUUUAGUGAUUGGGCCAAGUCUUCUUCAGUCAAUGUUCAAGUCAACCAACUAUAUCAUAUUAUAUCAUACUUGGCUUAUAUUAACAAUUUUUUUAGCUCAUAAACGUAUUGGUUGGUUAUUCAUGAUGGCCUUAGUUUACAAAACUUUGUUCCUUUUGUUUUCUCACCUCAUGCUACUUGGUAAUGGGUACCAAAAUAAUUGUCCAGCUUCAUUUAGUUGUGGAUUCCUAGGCAAUAUCAGUUUCCCUUUCACUACAACACAACGCCAGGAUUGUGGCUUAUUGCCAAUACAUAAUUGUGAUGAUGCUCCAGGGAAGCCCAAAACGAUCCAAUUUCAGGAUAAAGGGAAACAGUUUGAUUUUGAGGUGGAAAAGGUAAGUCCUCUUGAGCAUCACGGUAGUAAUGCAACUUGUAGUUGUGUUUUCAGAGACGAUAAUCUCUACCAACUUCUACAAAGCAAAAAUUGCAAAGCUUUCAGAUAUAACUAUACUCUUCCUCCAACCUCUCACUUUGUUUCUUUACAUAUAGAAACUCAUGCAACCUUGUUCAUGUGCAACCGUACCCUCCAUAUAAACUCGCCGAAAUAUAUGCAUAAGUAUACAAGCUGCCCUCUCUAUGAUUUCUACUAUCAGCCUGUUAAUAGCGCUCAGAAUGUAUCUCCGAGUGCUUUUACAGCUUGUACAAAUGCCCUGCUUCCGGCUAAAGACGUUGCAGACUCUGGCAACCCUUUUAAUUUCAUAACUUCUGACAUUAUAAUUCAAGUAAAGGUAACAGAGGAAUGUGCAAGUUGUCACUACAACCAAAGAGGACGGUGUCAACUUGACAGCAACGGAAGGUUUUAUUGUGCCAACCGUAUUCAAGCAAACACCCCGAAAAAAGCUACGGUUGCAAAGCGAAAAGGGCUGAGACGAAAUGUUAAACUUGGUAUAGCAAUCAUGGUGACCAUUGGAGUUGCAGUGCUGAUGUUGUUGGCUUAUUGUUUAAGGACAAAAAUCUUCCCUCCAACAUUUCUUUUGUUCAGGAAGAAAAAUUCAACCCAUCGUAUCAUUGAGGAGUAUUUGAAAGAACAUGGAUCCCUUCCUGCUGCUGCCAGGUACAAUUAUUCAGAUAUAAAAAAAAUAACAAACUCUUUCGAAAACAAAUUAGGCCAAGGAGGGUAUGGGAGUGUAUACAAAGGGAAGUUACAUGAUGAGCGUCCUGUUGCAGUAAAGAUUUUAAGUGAUUCAAAAGGUGAUGGUGAAGAUUUUUUAAAUGAAAUUGCGAGUAUAAGUAGAACUUCGCAUGUCAACGUUGUUAGACUUUUGGGGUUCUGUUUGGAGGGUUCUAAAAAAGCACUAAUAUAUGAAUUCAUGCCUAAUGGAUCUCUUGAGAAGUUCAUAUAUGAAGAGAAAAAUCCACUGCGGAACGAUCUCCAAUUGGAUUGCAAAACAUUGUAUGAGAUUGCAAUUGGCAUUGCUCAUGGAUUAGAGUACUUGCACAGAGGCUGCAACACUAGAAUAUUACAUUUUGACAUAAAGCCUCAUAAUAUACUACUAGAUGCUGAUUUUUGUCCAAAAAUUUCUGAUUUUGGACUUGCCAAAAUAUGUCCAAGAAAAGAAAGCAUUGUAUUCAUAUCCGGCGCGAGAGGAACACCUGGAUAUAUUGCCCCUGAGUUGAUUUUCAGAAAUUUUGGAGGCACCUCACAUAAAUCAGAUGUCUAUAGUUAUGGAAUGAUGGUUUUAGAGAUGGUUGGACAAAGAAAGAACAUUAAGGUUGAAGUUGAUUGUUCUAGUGAGUUAUACUUUCCACACUGGAUUUACAAGCGUCUUGAAUUGAAUCAAGAUCUUGGACUUAGGUGUAUUAACAAUGAAAUUGAUGAAGAAAUGGUAAGAAAAAUGACAGUGGUGAGUUUAUGGUGCAUACAAACCAGUCCUUCGAAUCGACCAUCUAUGCAUAAAGUGGUGGAAAUGUUGGAAGGGAACCUUCAAGUGUUGGAAAUGCCACCCAAACCAUUUUUGUUUUCUCCUUCAGUUUCUUCAACCAAUCUGACUGAAAUAUUAUAAAUUAUGUGGAUGUUCAGAUGCAAUGUAGAGUAUCUUGAUAAUACAUAUAAAUAAAAUGUUACGUGUCUAAUAUAAUUGUAAUGUUGUAUUAUUUCAUUAGCUUUUUGUUUAAUUAGUAGCUGUUGGUGAUUUUAGUAUUAUCAAUGUAUUUUGGUAGUAAUGUGAUUUACUAUAGGCCAAUGCAAUUAUGCGUUAAGUUUGAAACGAGUUAGGGUAGUGCGGAGUGCACGCUCGUCGAGCCAAACGUGUAAUUGAAUAUGAAUAAUAGAAACGGGGUUCCAAGGGGCGUAGCCCCUGGCGGGGUGCGGGGCAGCGCCCCGUCGGGGUCCAAGGGGCGGAGCCCCUGGCGGGGUCCAAGGGGCAGCACCCGUUUCCAACAGACAUAACUGUUUUUCCGAAAAGGUGUGUCUGUUCGUUUCUAUUAUUGGUCUCCUAUAUAAGGAGUCUUUUGGUCUCGAUUUGGCACACGAAAUUAUAUACUUCCUCUCUACAUUCUGAUCUGUUCUCUAUUGUCAGAAACAGAUUGUUCUUCGAGAAUUAUCCCCGCAAAGAUUUCGUGAACCCAGACAAGAAUAGGGUCGAAAUACUUUGUUCGGAAAGUGAACGAAUACGAUUCUUGAAGAUAUCCAGGAUUAUCAUACCAAAUUUUCUAACAAACGAACAAAGUAUUCUUUUCUGAUAAUCAUGGCUGGAGGAGGAAGCACCGUGAAGGAGAUGACUAAAAGUUUCGGAAAAUUGGACAAGUUUCAAGGACAAGACUUUAGGCGUUGGCAGAAGAAGAUGCAUUUCAUGUUGACAACGUUGAAGGUGGUGCACGUCCUGUCUACACCAAUUCCAGAACUUGAGGAGGAUGACACGGUUGAAAAUCUGAGACGCCGAUUAAAGUGGGAGAACGACGACUACAUAUGCAGAGGGCACAUUCUUAACGGUAUGUCUGAUCCCUUAUUUGAUAUUUACCAAAACGU